AUGGCAUCUUUAAAAACUUCGAGAAACUUUGAAACGGAGUUAGGGGUUUUACAAAGGCGGCAGGAUGGAUCUGAAGAUUUUUUCAGAACCUGGUAUGAGUACAAGACCGGAUUUGGAAAUCUGUCAAAUGAGUUUUGGCUUGGGAAUGACAAAAUCCACACCCUUUCAGAAUCCGGGAAUUACUCUUUAAGAAUCGACCUGAAGGAUUUUUCCGGAAAUUCUCGUCAUGCUAGCUACAGUACCUUCAAUGUUGGAAAUGAAGAAUCGGGAUAUCUCUUAAAGGUCCUAGGUUACACCGGGAAUGCUGUCAACUCAAUGUCUAUUCACAACAAUGCUACAUUCGUCACCAAGGAUCGGGAUAAUGAGAGAUCGUGUGCAAAUAGAUUGAAAGGGGGUUGGUGGUACCGAGCUUGUCACGAAGGUAACCUUAACGGUCUGUACUUGAGAGGAGAGCAUAAAUCCUAUGCUGACGGUAUAAACUGGUAUAAAUGGAAAGGAUAUCACUAUUCCUUAAAGUAUGCUGACAUGAAAAUCAGGAGAACAAUUAACUAAAAUCUAGACAACCAUAUUCAGACAAAUUA